UUUUUUUACUUCAUUGACUCUUUUUCUCUAUCUCUCUAGAUCGAAAGGGAAAAGGAGAUAGAGAUUGAAGAUGCGUGACGCAAUCAUCGCCGAUCCUCUUCUGGCCAUCGACCAUGAAACAGUCGCAGAGAAGAAGAAACAGAGCAAAAAUCUAAAGAUUUCUCUUUUACUGCUUCUGAUUCUCUUAGCAACUUCAGGUUAUUAUAGCUUUAGUGACAACAUUACAACAGUUUUCUUAUCAAGACAAGCUAUUGAUGAUGAUCAUAGUCUUAGCCUUGGAACCAUCAGUGACGUGGUUGAAUCUGAGAAUGGUGUUGUGGCUGCUGACGACGCUCGAUGUUCCGAGAUCGGUGCCUCUGUUCUUAGAAGUGGCGGUCAUGCGGUGGACGCCGCCGUGGCUAUUACUUUAUGUGUUGGUGUUGUUAAUCCAAUGUCUAGUGGAAUCGGUGGUGGUUCUUUCUUGAUUGUUAGCUCGCAGAAAGAUUCCAAAGCUGAGGCUUUUGACAUGAGAGAAACUGCUCCAUUAGCUGCUUCUAAGGAUAUGUAUAAGAACGAUGCUAGUGCGAAAUCGUUGGGCGCAUUGUCUAUGGGAGUUCCGGGAGAGAUAGCUGGACUUUACGAGGCUUGGAAACGGUAUGGCCGUCUUCCGUGGAAACCGCUUUUCGAGCCGGCUAUUAAGCUGGCUCGGGACGGUUUCGUGGUGUAUCCGUAUCUCGGAAAGGCCAUAUCGACCAAAGUUGCGAUGAUACUUAAAGAUCCGGGUAUGCGGAGUGUCUUCUCAAGAAACGGACAGGUUUUGAAAACCGGUGAGACUUGCUAUAACCCGGAGCUAGCUCAGAGUCUUGAGACUAUUUCUGAGCAAGGCCCGGGAGCGUUCUACAACGGGACAGUAGGCGAGAAGCUUGUUAAAGAUGUGAAGAAGGCGGGAGGGAUCAUAACGAUGGAUGAUCUAAGAAGUUAUAAGGUCCGAGUUACCGAUGCAAUGUCUGUGGAUGUUAUGGGUUAUACGGUUCAUGGAAUGCCGCCUCCUUCGGGCGGUACAGUCGGUUUUUCGAUGGUUAUGAAUAUCUUGGAUAGUUACUCGAAUCUUUACACUGCUUCGGGAAGAGAGCUCGGGCUGCACCGUUUGAUAGAAGCAAUGAAACAUAUGUUUGCAGCUCGUAUGGAUCUUGGAGACCCUGAGUUCGUUAAUGUAACAAACUCUAUGAACCAAAUGCUCUCGAAGGCUCACGCGGAAGAAAUCCAAAAGAGGAUUUUCGACAACACGACAUUCCCACCUGAGUACUAUAUGAACCGGUGGAGCCAACUCAGGGACCAAGGAACGAGUCAUUUCUGCGUUGUGGAUGCGGAUCGCAACAGUGUGUCGAUGACCUCAACCGUGAAUUACCGUUUUGGUGCCGGGGUGUUAUCACCUUCAACUGGAAUUGUACUUAACAACGAGAUGGAUGAUUUCUCAACACCCACGGAAAUCACUCCCGACAUGCUUCCUCCAGCGCCUACAAAUUUCAUUGAACCAAACAAAAGACCAUUAUCUUCCAUGACACCUCUCGUGAUCACCAAGGUUCACAAUCAAUAUAUAUCUACUUUUCCUGUUAUCUACAACUCAUAGUCUCAUACUAUGAGUUCUAACCACGGUCCAUGGAAACCCGCGGUUGUGAUUUUUUUAUCGCAGGAUGGUGAGUUCGUGGCAGCGCUUGGAGGAGCUGGUGGAAUGCAUAUAAUUCCAGCGGUGCUUCAAGUGUUUCUUAAUUGCUUUGUGUUGAAUAUGAAACCUAAAGAAGCAGUAGAGAGUGCCAGAAUAUACCAUAGAUUGAUACCAAAUGUUGUUUCCUAUGAGAACUUCACCACGAUCAAUGGCGAUCACAUAGGGGUUUCAGAAGAUACCAAGAUGUUUCUAGCAGAGAGAGGACAUGAGCUAAAGGAGCUAUCAGGUGGAGCUAUAGUUCAACUUAUUGUUCAGAGUUUCAAGGAAGAGAAAGAAGAAGAAAUGAUUAUUGAAAUUGGAAGGAAAAUCGGAAAGAAAUCGAAACCAUUAAAGGGCUUACUUACUGCAGUUAGUGAUCCUCGAAAAGAUGGAAAGCCAGCUGCAGUUUGAUUUCGUUAUUAAGCUAAUUACAAAUUUCCUCAUUCAAGUCCCAUUCUCUAUCAUGUAAAUUUGAAUAAAGUUACAUGAGCCUCAAAGACUCAGCGUGGGAUAUAUACAGAAGCAAAGUUGUAGUUGGAACCAAGAGUUGUUACAUUAUUCUCACAAGAGUUAUCUCUCUCUCUUCUCUUUGCUUGAAGAAUAUUAUAAAA